GGGAGAGAGAGGGGUGGUGGAGAGGGAGAGGCAGAGUGAGUCAGUAAGCAAAGACAGAAUGAGAGAGGAAGGGUUAGAGGACGUUUGCAAGUUUGAGACCGGUGAUCAUGGUAGGUGAUGCGGAGAAGAUCUGGGGAUUCGUCCAGCUCCUCAACAACAAGGACAUUCCUAUGAAUGAAACUGAAAAGUGAGAUAAUAUCUGGAUCCGCUCCCACGGAGAAUUUGGUCAUCGCAAUGUACUUUUUUUUGUGUGUGUGUGUGUGUGCGCGUGUCUGUAUGUACAUAUAAAAUGAGAGAGACUGCAUUUUGAGGAACGUUUUGCGAAGAACUUGUUUCACUUGCUUAAAAAUACAACAAUGAAUAAUACGGAAUCAAGGGAAAUCUUCAAGGGUCAAAGCGCAGAGACAGAACAAAGAUGGGCAAGAUCUCGCCUACCACAUGAGCGAUCCUAACUUCUCGUUCCAUCUGGAGAUAAUAAUUCAGAGGGGGAUUCUUUGGAAAUUCUAUUUUGCAAGCAAAAGCAUCAUUUGAAUGUGAACGCACGGCCACCCUCGGAUCGGAGGGAGUCUGUGACAAUGCUGGACGAGCCCACGGAAAGAGCAAAAGCACAACUUUCCCAAGCAGAAUGGCUAGCUAUAGCAUCUCGUCCAUGCUUGACCCCCAGCAGCCUGGAGAACAACUCCGUUGGGCCGCGCUGCUCAUUCUUCUGGUUAUCAUCCCCACAAUUGGUGGAAACAUCCUGGUCAUUCUGGCAGUGUCACUGGAGAGAAAACUCCAGAACGCCACUAACUUCUUCCUGAUGUCUCUGGCAGUGGCCGAUCUGCUGGUGGGAUUGCUAGUCAUGCCCAUUGCUCUGGUGACUGUGCUCUUCCACUCCAGAUGGCCCCUUGCAGAUUUCCUGUGCCCUAUCUGGCUGUUUCUGGAUGUCUUGUUUUCAACGGCCUCCAUCAUGCACCUGUGCGCCAUCUCCCUCGACCGCUACGUUGCCAUCAAGAAACCAAUCCAGCACAGCCAGUUCAAGUCCAGAGCUAAAGUGCUGGCAAAAAUCGCACUCGUCUGGCUAAUCUCUAUAGGUAUUGCAAUACCAAUUCCAAUCAAAGGGCUACAAGUCUUUGACCAUCCCAACAACAUCACCUUCAACAACAACCACACCUGUCUGCUGUCGCUAGAAGGCUUCGGGGACUUCAAGGUGUAUGGGUCUUUGACGGCUUUCUUUAUACCCCUUACAAUAAUGAUGAUUAUCUACUUACUGACAAUCCAAGUACUGCGCAAGAAGGCCUAUCUUUUGAGAUCGAGAGCUACAAGGCCCAACAUUUCCACCGUCUUCCAGCAGGAACUGCCGGUUCCCUCAUCGCCUGAGAAAGUGGUCAUUGCAAAUGGAAUAAAGAGAGACAGAACGCUGCAUUCAGUCACACGGGACGAGGUCCCUCUCCGCAGGAUGUCCACCAUAGGAAAGAGGUCCAUGCAAAACUUGAGCAACGAACAAAGGGCAUCAAAAGUUCUGGGGAUUGUAUUCAUGUUGUUUGUUGUAAUGUGGUGUCCUUUCUUCAUUACCAAUGUGACUUCUGUACUCUGUCAAGGGUGCGACAGUAAUCUAGUGGAACAGCUGUUGGAUAUCUUUCAAUGGGUGGGCUACGUUUCGUCGGGAAUCAACCCACUGGUUUAUACGCUGUUCAACAGGACGUUCAGGCAGGCCUUUAGGCGCUACAUCACAUGCAAUUACAGACAUGUAAGGACGCCAAGAAUGCAACGGAGAAACAGAAUUUCGUUUCGGUCAUCGGUGACUGAAAACUCAAAACGGUUUAUGAAACAUGGUAUGAAGAACGGCAUCAGCCCCGUAAGCUAUCAGAGUCCUCUCCGCCGUCGUCCCACACACCUGCAGACCUCUGCAAACAUCACGCUGGACAUGUUACUCCUGACGGAGAAUGAUGACUGCAAACCUGAUGAACACGUAAGCCACGUGUAGUAUAUCGGAUACAGAUAUGAAGCCAAGAUAGAGAUGUGCCAGUCAUUCAGUGCCAGACGUUCUCAUGGGAACUGACCAGAUACGGUCUGAACGGAGUUCAGAAGGACUGCAUAAAAUGGUCAUGGGGUUUAUUUUGCAUGGCUUUGGAUUGAGGGAUAGAAUGGCACAUAAGAUGAACACCCAAAACACAUAAAAUAGCUUUGGGUUGUGAAAGUAAUGGCCAGCCUAGUAAUUGUCAGCUCUGUAAAAAUAAACUUACAGCACAGUACUUACAGCAAAGACUGUCUUCACACAUCCCAAAGUUAAUAGACAGGGUCUACAAUGUGAAGCUAAAGUAAGACACCUUCAAGAUAAGCACAAGUCUCAAAUAAAUCACAUCUUCACUUACCUUCUGCACACGAGGAAGAAUAAUAAUAAAUGCCUCACUAAGUUAAGGCAGUUUUUGUUUACUUCUAAGUGCUUUUGUACGUGCAAAAUAGAACUGUUUGUAGAUACUGACAUUUUUCAACAUUCUUCUCAACUAUUGCCAAAUAAACAUUUUUUUGCAGAUUAAAUCACGUUUUCAUUAUGCAUUCAGAAUAUAAAAUGUUUCUCUAACUGAAUAUGCAAAA